AUGGUAGAUAAAAAUUAUCGAACCAUUGAUAAACAAAUAAAACAACCAUCCGAUGAUAUUCUAGCUUUAUUUCUUAUUUCUAUACUCAGAUUUAAUCUAGAAAAUGAUAUACUCAUUCGUGAUACUCCAUUUAUUGAUUCAACAAUAAUUAAUCGAAAAUCUUGUUUUCGUGAAUUAUUCUAUAUAUGUAAUCUUAAAUAUCCUUAUUUAUUAAAUCAUUCACAUAUUUUACUUUGGCAUCGAAUUGCUACUGGUUAUAUGAAUACGAAAUUAAAUAAUAAUGAACAAACAGUUCCAUUAUUAUUCUCUGAUUCAGUUGUAUUACUUUUACGGAUUAUGCUUAGUUUACCUUAUUUAAUUACAAAAGAAUUAUAUCGAGUGAUUGUACAAGUUUUAUUCAAUUUAACUUAUAUACAAGCAUUGUUCACUAUUAUUAGCGAAAUGAAUAAAACUGAACAAGAAAUUUGGAGUCGAAUUUCAGUAGAUAAAGCUAAAAAUACUAUGUCCGAAUAUCUUCGUAUGAUUUCAUCAAAAUUAUUUCAAUCGAAUUUUAAUUCAAAUAUUGAUAAUACAAAAAUUUCAUCUUUGGAAUCAAUCAAUGCAUUGAUUCGAGAACGAUGUGGAAAUUUUAUUAAAAUUGCUGCUCUCAUACAACAUUAUCUUUAUCAAUCGAUAACAUGGUGGAUACCUGAUCAUCAUCUUCAUUUUGAUCACUUAUCGAAAAAUCUGAUUAAUGAAUUAAAAUUAUACAAUAAUGAUGAACCUUAUUGGUUUUCUAAUGAUUCAUUAUUAAUUAUUAACAAUUGGUUAGAUGAAGUACUUAUAUUAGAUAAACAACAAUCAAUACUUAAAAUAAUUCAUGCAAUACCUGUAUUUCAUUCUCCACAAUUUAUUGAAUUACCAACAUGUUAUUCAGAUUUAUUUCGAUCUUGUAACCAUCGGCGUUGUUCCUAUUGUCAAGAAUUAAUUAUUGAACCUAUUCUAUGUUUAAUCUGCGGAAUUGUUUAUUCACAAGAACGUACGAAAAAACAAUGUUGUGAUCAACAAACACGUUUUAUUCAAGAGCAUUUAUUAUUAUGUAGUGGUAAUUUAAAUAUGUCAAUAAAUAUUAAUUCUACAAAAACAUUAAUACAACGUGAGAAACGUUAUACUUAUUGGAUAUCACUUUAUCUUGAUCAACAUGGUGAAGAAGAUCUUAAUUUAAGACGAGGUCGAAUAUUAUACUUAGAUAAGAAUCGAUUGAAAUUACUCUAUUCCGCAUGGAUAUCAUCUAAUCUUGAUCAACUCAUCAAUCGAUGGUCUACAGAUCCAUUUGAUUUUUAA